ACACAACACAAGCAAAACUUGAUGUCACAGGAGGGGCCCAGGUGGCCUAGGAGAAGCUUCGGGAGCCUGACUGCAUCCUGGUCAGGUACAAAAUCUUUCUCACCACUAGGAAAGAUGGGGUGGGAUGCUAUGGAAUAUGACGAGAAGCUGGCCCGGUUCCGUCAGGCCCACCUCAACCCCUUCAACAAGGAGCUUGGGCCACGGCAGCAUGAGCAGAGGGCCAGCAAGGAGGCCCCAGAAGUCACUUCUGAAGAGGCCCUGCCCGAGCUGCCCCCUGGAGAGCCAGAGUUCUGCUGCACUGAGCGAGUGAUGGAUCUUGGCUUAUCUGAGGACCACUUCUCCCGCCCUGUGGGUCUGUUCCUGGCCUCGGACAUUCAGCAGCUGCGGCAGGCCAUCGAGGAAUGCAAGCAGGCGAUCCUAGAGCUGCCCGAGCAGUCAGAGAAGCAGAAGGACGCUGUUGUGAGGCUGAUUCACCUCCGGCUGAAGCUCCAGGAGCUGAAGGACCCCAAUGAGGAUGAGCCCAACAUACGAGUCCUCCUGGAGCACCGUUUCUAUAAGGAGAAGGGCAAGAGUGUCAAGCAGACCUGUGACAAGUGCAACACCAUCAUCUGGGGGCUCAUUCAGACCUGGUACACCUGCACAGGAUGUUAUUACCGAUGCCACAGCAAGUGUUUGAACCUCAUCUCCAAGCCCUGCGUGCGCUCCAAAGUCAGCCACCAAGCUGAGUAUGAGCUGAACAUCUGCCCGGAGACAGGGCUGGACAGCCAAGAUUACCGCUGCGCGGAGUGUCGGGCACCCAUCUCCUUGCGGGGCGUGCCCAGCGAGGCCCGGCAGUGUGACUAUACGGGCCAGUACUACUGCACCCAUUGCCACUGGAAUGACCUGGCGGUCAUCCCUGCACGAGUUGUGCACAACUGGGACUUCGAGCCGCGCAAGGUGUCCCGCUGCAGUAUGCGGUACCUGGCUCUCAUGGUGUCUCGGCCGGUGCUCAGGCUCCGGGAGAUCAACCCUCUGCUGUUCAACUAUGUGGAGGAGCUGGUGGAGAUACGGAAGCUGCGCCAGGACAUCCUGCUCAUGAAGCCCUACUUCAUUACCUGCAGGGAGGCAAUGGAGGCCCGUCUGCUCCUGCAGCUCCAGGACCGGCAGCAUUUCGUGGAGAACGAUGAGAUGUACUCCGUGCAGGACCUGCUGGACGCGCACACGGGUCGCCUGAGCUGCUCCCUCACGGAGACACACACGCUCUUUGCCAAGCACAUCAAGCUGGACUGUGAGCGAUGUCAGGCCAAGGGCUUCGUGUGUGAGCUCUGCAGAGAGGGUGAUGUCCUCUUCCCCUUCGACAGCCACACGUCCGUGUGCACCGACUGCUCUGCUGUCUUCCACAGGGACUGCUACUAUGACAACUCCACCACGUGCCCCAAAUGUGCUCGGCUCACCUUGCGCAAGCAAUCGCUCUUCCAGGAGCCUGGUCCAGAAGUGGAUGCGUAGAGCAGCAGGCGCCCCUCCCAGGCCUUUCUGGCAUUCAACCUGCCAGUGAUUGCCAAAGUCAAGGUGUUUCUUGUGUUCUGGAGACCCCUAGGGCCCAGCCCCAGACCUCUCUCCGGUGCUGGGCCAACCGGUUGUGAGGACCAUCAUCCCUGUCCCAGGCACUUGCUGGGACUGGGGGCAGCCUCGUGGGGCUCUUUCCUGGGUGUGGUGCUGGGAAGGCGUGGGGUCCAUGAACAGGGAAGUGGGGAGAGGCUUCUUACCGCCCCCUGUGGCAAAGAGCCUUGAGGAGGCCCUUGGGGUCAAGGCCGCUGGGCUUUGGCCACCCUGAGAACCCCUAGAGGGCUUUGGGGGAGUAGCCGACAAGCCCCGGGAAUGCUGGUUGCAGACACCCAGGUGUGGCCUGAGUUUCCUCUGCAAUGGAUGGUUUGGAUCUAGCUGGAGGCCCCCAUCCCCUUCACCCCUUGUGUGGGGACUUGUAGGUGGCCCUAACUGGGGUUGUUCACGACUGUCUCCUGAGAGCCCUGCUCCUGCCUCUCAAGUUUCUCUCUCUCUGGGUUCUCCGACAGGGCCCAUCCAGGGGGUUCCCACUUCCGUACAACAUGGAAGGACGGGGGCCGUGAGGUUCUUCCCCCUGGGUGGACCAGCCCCCGCUCCUCCCUUUGUGCUUAUUGUGGUGCUCCAGGCUGGGAGGCUGGGGGUCUGGUGGAAGAGGCUGUCCUCCUUCCCAGCUGGGAGUAGGGACUGUGCCCCUGGGGGAAGGUCUAGGUUAGGCAACAGGGUUGGCUGCAGUCACAUCUUUGCCGGAAGGGCUCCCUUUGCCAUCUGAGGGCUCCGGACAGCUCACAGACCACCACCAGCCACUGGUCUUUUGUUUGGGGGCCUGAGGUCGGGCACUGGGAGUAUUUGCUCAAGGGAGCUUUGGGCAGGGAUGCCAGAGCAUGUGCAGGAAGACUGAGGAUUGGAUGCGGAAGGUCUUGUACCCCUGCUGGCAAAUGGAACCCCAGGACAGAGGGUGAGAAUGCCCAGAUCUGCACCGCGGGAGCCACUGUCGGCUCAGUAUUUGCGGGGCUGUUUUGUGCUUCAGAGACCCUGCGUGGGGGGGAGGUCUGUGGGAAGAGAAUGUUCCAUGGUGUGACUCUCAUCUUUUGUGCCCUCUUGCCUGGAUUGCGCUUGGCUGCUGAUGUGCACAGGUGACGGGCACGGGUGGUGCUGGUGAAGUGUAGUCCCUUGGAUGUCUGUCACCUUGGACUGGUGGCACAAAGGUCAGCUUAGCUUGCUGGCUGACAAGAAUGGUGGAUAAAGACAGUGUCCCCUCCUUGCUUCUCUGCACCAUCAGAAAGCCUCCCAUGGUGGCCCUGGGCAGUCCUCUAGUGGUGUGUUCUGAUCUGCCUCGGGGUAACAGUGAGAAGCAAACACUGGAGAGGUUGGACCAAUGACAGGUCCCCGUCCUGCUUCCCCUUCCUCUCCAGGGCUGAAGGGGGGCUUAAGGGCCAAAUGCCCUUUUCCUAUACCCCCAAGUCUGCACAUUUCUCACCACUGUGUUCCAUUUCUGUCACAAGGACAUUGGCUGUUCCUGUAUCUCCUGUGUAGCGAACAUCACAUUAUUCCAGUUACAAUCACCGUGUCCGCAGCAAGCAUUAAUAAUACACUGGUGUCUGCUGGACAAAGAGUUGGCUCCCUUUUCUUUUGACCAAGCCCAUUUCCUCCUUCCCAAUGUUUCCACUUACCCUGUUGGAAUGGCAAAGUCUUUAAACAAAGUUGUGUGCGGGUCUUGGAGUCCACAGCACGGUACAAAGACCCCCAAGACCCAGUCUGCAUGGCCCGUCCUCCACAGAGAGCAGCAGGGGUGUCCUGCCAUGAUAAUGCCGCGGCUGCUGUCUCAUUAAAUCCGUGUUCUCUACA